AUCUGUGGUUGUGGUCCGAUCAAAGAAUCUGAGCGUCAGCAUCAAAUCACAAUUUGUUGCACGGUGAAUUUAACAUUUGAGGACAUUAUUGGCAAAAAUGGUGGGCUAACCUUACUGCGAGGAAUACUGUUUAUUGAAUUUCCAGUGACUUGCGAACAAAACUGAACUUGUAAAAGAAGAGAGAAGACGGCUUACCUCAAACAGGAAACUUUUCAGUGAGAGAAGCAGCUGAGUAGAAGUUCAGACAUAGCAAUGGCAUCUGUUGUGAUGAAUUCAGUUCCUACCACUGCAUCUCGUUUUGCCUUACUGCAACUGGAAAGUGAUACUGAUUCAGAGUCUGGAAAAGGCAGAAGUUGCCAAGGUGCUGGUAAAUCUCAAGCGUUAGAGGGUAGAUCUUCUACAAAUGAGAAAAAAAGAGAGAAAAGGAGAAGAAAGAAGGAACAGCAGCAGAGUGAAGCCAAUGAGCUCAGAAACCUUGCUUUUAAAAAGAUUCCUCAGAAAUCCUCCCAUGGAGGUUGUUUAUCUCAGCAUGAACAAAAACUGCACACUACAAUGCAGAAAGACUCUCAAGAAGAAAAUUGGCAAGAGUGGAGGCAAAGAGAUGAACAGCUGACAUCUGAAAUGUUUGAAGCUGAUCUUGAAAAAGCAUUGCUGCUAAGCAAACUGGAAUAUGAAGAGCACAAAAAGGAAUAUGAAAAUAUUGAAUGUACUCCACCUCAGUCAAAGUCUGUGAAUAAGAAAGAAAAAAGAAAGAACCAGCAAGGAAAAGACAAACCUCUCACUGUGUCCCUGAAAGAUUUUCAGUCAGAAAGUAAUAUAGAUAAUGUUGCUAAAAAACAUGAGGAACCGAUCUCUUCUCAGACUCUGAUGAAUGAUGGAGGAUUUUUCCAUAAGCUGGAAGACGAUGUUCAUAAAAUACUUGAAAGAGAAAAGAGGAGAUACCAGCUCACUGAUUGCAAUGAAAUAGAUAACUGCACAUCUCAUGAGCACAACCAGGAGAGUGGUAUGAAAGAUGGAAAAACAGAACAACUAAAAUUUGAGCUUGAAAAGAAAGAUGCAGAAAUUCAGCAACUUAAAAAUAUAAUAACUCAAUGGGAGGUGAAAUAUAAAGAAGUAAAAGCAAGAAAUGCACAGCUUCUGAAGAUGCUGCAGGAAGGUGAAAUGAAAGAUAAAGCAGAAAUACUCCUACAGGUGGAUGAAUUGCAAAUUAUAAAAAAUGAAUUGACCUUACAGGUAACUACACUUCAUGCUGCAUUAGAGCAAGAAAGGUCCAAAGUGAAGCUGCUGCAGGCAGAAUUAACAAAAUACCAGAUGUUAAAGGCCUGUGUGCCUACUGCCAGAGUUUGGAAAAAAGACGUGCUACCAAAGAGUGGAAAAAGAGGGAAAAAGCACUCAGAAUCUGACCAAUACAGGUGAUCUCCUUUGCCACCAGAUUCAAUGCAGAAAAAAAAAGUAAAUCUUUCUUCAGGGUUUUGCAGAAAUUUAUAUAUUUGUUGUACAACUGCUCAACUAUGCAGUUUUUGAAGAAAAAAAUAAUAAAUACUAGUUUAAUUAACAUUCUCAAAAUUUGAUUUGUUGCGCUUUCUGCUAAAGAAAAGUGAGAAAACUAGUAUUCUGGCAAAGCUCAAACUUUAAUUGUAAUGCCAUUAGUUUUUCAUCACUCAAUAAAACUUACUCUUGCAUUCUUGAA